UCCUCACUCUCUGCUCUCACCUUUGCAUUUCUUUUUCUUUUUUUCCCUCGGAGGGAUGGGUGAUGGGUUGAACAUGAUUUCCAGAGGCAGAAUAUAACUGGCCUUUCAGACGGUGCAGCCCUCAGAGUCACUGAGGCAGCUGUCUCUGGCAGAUUGUACCUGAACUGACUCCAGCAUACAUUAACAAUGUACAAGCCUUUAGCUUUGUGUCUGUGUCUGUGUUUAGCGCUUUUGGCAGCUGAGGGAAAGCGAGAAAAGGGAAGAAGAGAGAGAGAGAGGAGCUCCAGACGAUUCUUAUCCACUGAGGAUGCACCUGAGUAUGAUAACCCUUUCCUUCCAGGGCGUAGCAGCCAGUGCUUGGUGAAUGGGAUUUCUCUGUUUGAGGGGGCUGUGUGGUCUCCAGAACCUUGCAGUGUGUGCCAGUGUAAAGAUGGAGCCGCGAGCUGUCGAACCAUCCCCUGCCCGGCCAGAGCUUCACCCACCCUGAAGUCUGUGGCCAGUAAGCCCAGUCUAACAUCUGUGGGGAAAACAAGCUCAAAAAACAGACUGGCAGGAAAUGGAAAACCACCUGUGGGGACGGAGGUUCUGGAGGUGAAACCAAAGAAGAACAAGAUGGUGAUCACCCCAGCAAAACAACCACCGUCAAAUGUCCCUAAGAAGCAAGUGAAGAAAAACCAGGAGGUGAUUGUGAGUCUGGAUCCUGGAAAACCACCUAAGACCCCUGUAAUACCCACAGGACCUCGGUUUAUGAGACCAAUCCAUUUUGAUCAUGAUGACCAUGAUGAUGACGACUAUCUAGAGGACGACAGUGACAGUGAUGAUGAUGACGAUGAUAACCGCAGCAUUCCGGUGUUCAGAUCUGCUGUUCGCCCUGUAGCAAUCGAAAGACGAGUAAUACCACCCACAUUCAAACCGGCCAUACCACGAGCACAACCAGCCUUUGCUCUUCCUACAAGAAAAUCUGUGAUCCUGCCCACUGGAAGGCCACUGCCAGCCCCCAGUGGGCGACCGGUGGAUCGAGGUGUUGGCCAUCCAUUCAUCAGCACCUCUGUUCAUAUGGAGUCUCUCCCAGCAGGCUGCCUGCUUUCAGAGUCUCUUAUUGCUUGUGGAAACACUCGCCUUACCCAAAUGCCCAUCAUCAAAGAUGCAGGUGUCAGGAGUCUGUUUCUAGCAGAUAACAAAAUCAGCAAGAUCCCAUGGCAUGCCCUGGCAGGUCUUCCCAACCUGGAGUGGCUUGACCUCAGCAAGAACAAGCUGGACGAUUUCUCUUUGGGACCGGAUGUGUUUCGGAACUUGACAAAGCUCAGGAGGCUGAACCUUGAUGGAAACAACUUCACUAAAGUGCCGGCUCUCCCUCCCUCGCUGGUGGAGCUGAAGAUCAACGAUAAUAAACUCAGUGGUCUCACUCCCUACAGCUUUCAGGGUCUGUCUCAGCUGCUGACACUGGAGUUAGAGGAUAAUUAUUUCCACGAUGGAAAUGUCUCUCCUCUGGCCUUCAAGCCUCUCAGGAGGCUGAUUUACCUCAGGCUAGAUGACAAUAAGUUCAGGGCUAUUCCCUCUGGUCUGCCCGUUUCAGUACAGGAGCUACACCUGUCUGACAACAAGAUAGAAGUGGUCCAUUCAGGGAUCCUCAACAAGACCACAAACCUGAGAGUCCUGACCCUCAGCCAUAACCGCAUCCGAGAGGACCGCAUUCAUCCAAGAGCAUGGAUACACUUGCUAAAACUGGAGUAUUUGGACCUUUCUCACAAUAAGCUGGUUCACGUUCCCUCUUUCCUGCCGGUUGGUCUGCGGCAGCUCAUCUUGCAUCACAACCAAAUUGAGCGUAUCCCUGGCUAUGUGUUCGGCCACCUGCGACCUGGUCUGGACUCCCUGCAGCUGUCGUACAACCGUCUGCGUGAAGACGGGAUAAAUGAAGUGUCCUUCCUGGGCCUGUACAACUCACUGACUGAACUUCUGUUGGACCACAACCAGCUCAGAUCAAUUCCACGAGGCAUUCUACAGUUAAAGAACCUGCAGCACCUGAGACUGAACCACAACUACAUCAGCUACAUCACUAUGAACUCGUUGUGUGACACUACUGCUCGUGAGGACUCCCUGCUGUUGUCUGUUCACCUGGAGUACAACCUGAUUGAUCGCCGCCUCAUUCCACCAACAGCCUUCUCCUGCAUCAAAACCUACCAGAGCGUCCUUCUGCGGCCCCAGAGAUAUGAAGAGCACUAUGAAUGAAAGUGUUUUUUGGGGCUGUAGUUCACAGUGCAUCUCAAUUCAAUGCUUAAUUCAGAGUUUUAAGUGAAAUGAAGAUAAAGAUGCAGCUCCCUUUUCACACCAGAGGCCUUUUAUUUUGUGUAAGCUGUGUUUUAGUUGUGUUCUGAUCGUCUCUUCUCUGUCUCAUAGGGGUCACACAUGCACAUGCAUUUUUUCUGCUUUACUGCAACUAAAAACUACUGCUGACAUUUGUUGUUUGACAUUAGCAUUGGCUGUGUUUGUGCUUUGAAGGGGGUUUUGCACAGAUUUACAUGGUGCUAAAUGUGCAUCUUUCCUGUUGCAGUUGGCAUUAUAUUUUGUGUAUGUCUGUUGUUGUUGUUGUUAUUGUUGUUGUUGUUACCAUAUCUAAUGUCUGUCUUGGUUUGUUUUAUACCUGUAUGUCUACAAUUUACAAUCUAAAGCAGACUUGUAUGUGCAAGGAUUUCUUUCUUUUUUCAAAGUAUGCAAAAGGUUUUUAAUAGAUCAGCUUUAUACAUUAUUUAUUUUUUGAUUAAACUGCAAUGCAUCACAUUUUUUUUUUUUUUAUAUAUCGUGUUAACAAUUUUCAGUAGCAAAGGCUUUGACUUUUAUAUUCAGUUUUGUGAAAUUGUGUGUUGUCUGUGCUUUUGUAUUCUCAUUGUCACAAACUACA